UCAAAAGAAAAUAGUCUGGUUCGUGCGUUGUUGAUAUUUCAAAAUGGUUAUUAAAAUGUUGAAAUAAAUAAGUAUUUGGAUCUUUUCGAUUGGGUACGGAGAUUAAACAUGUCUUCUGUUGACCCGUUAUCCAACAAGUGCCGGUGUUGCCUAAAAGAAAAUAAAAGCAACAGUUACUCCGUGUUCGCCACUUUGGAGGAAUUCGAGAGCAAAAUCUGCGACCUGAUUGCAAAUUGCUGCGGAAUCACGAUCAAAGAAAAUGAUGAUUACCCGAAGUUCAUCUGCAGAAAAUGUUUUUACGAGCUGGUCAAGGCCACGCGCUUCCGUGUUCGAUGCAUUCAGUCGGAGAGUGUCUUGCACAAGGAACAAUCUCAGCUUUCCAAUAGUAGUACAGGUUCGAUAUCAUGUGAACAGGCAAUCUCCUCGCUGCCUCAAGAUGAUAUGUUAGCUAUGGAACCUGAACUGUUGAUUCAAGUAAAAGAGGAACCCAUAGAUUUUCAGCUGCAGUAUGAUCCCUUAUCUGAGGAAGCACAGCGAAAUGAAUCGAAUGCUCCAAAAGUAGCCGCGACAAACAAUGUUCAGCCAGCUGUUCUUUUCGAUCCGGCGCAGCUGCUGGUUCCCUGUGAACUGUGUAGCAGAAAAUUUGCCACCCGAGCCAACCUUCUCACGCAUAUGCGUUUUCAUCCAAAAUUACCCUGCCUUAUCUGCGAUGAGGAGUUCGAGAGCCAAGCUAAUCUUACGAAGCACCAAGAGGAAAAACAUCCUUCAGAAGCAGUCGCCCUGCCAAGCGUUCCAUUCAAAAAUGAAAUACUAACGUACCCAUGCGACGUCUGUGGUAAAGUUUUUCCUUCGAAAAAGCAGUUAUCUAACCAUAAGCCCCGUCAUCUUAGCGAAUCGUUGAAGAAAUGUUCGAUAUGUGACAAAAAAUUUAUUAUGGAAUCUAGAUACUUGCGUCAUAUGAAACAACACGAGCGUGGCAAAGUCGAUCAGUGUCAGACGUGUGGUCGAAUCUUCCAUUGCAGGAAAAAAUUUACGCGACAUAAAUGCAAACGCCCGUUGAAUCAAUGUUUGAUUUGUUUAGAGAUUUUUACAGAUACUCUUAACCUGACGAGGCAUCGGCGUCUGCAUGAUGCGGAACGUAAAUCAUAUAAAUGCGACCAAUGCGAUCGAACUUUCAUCGAGAAAAGAAACCUGACGAUUCAUCAGCGCUACCACUCCAAUGAAGAUAUACCAACAUGUGACAUUUGUGGCAAGCGAUUCCUACAUAUUACCCGUCUACAGAAACAUAUGCCAAUACAUAACGAACCCGACAACACUCCCGGCAAAUGUAUUCUUUGCGACAAAGAAUUCCUUCGACAGUCUGAGCUCAAGCGACACAUUCGAUGGCACAAUGGAGAAUUGCCGCACGAGUGUACCAUCUGUGGUAAACUGUACCGAGAACGUCGCCAUUUACUAACGCACCAACGAAAGCAUACCGGAGAAAAGCCGUUCCAGUGUGACCGCUGUGAUAAAGCAUUUUGCUCUCGGGACGUCCUAAGACAACACAAAGCGCUUCACGACCGGCCAGUAAAGACGCAUCAGUGCACCAUUUGCGGCAAUACGUUUACUGCCGUUAACUAUCUUAGAUUUCACAUGAAGAAGCAUACCAACGAUGAGCAAAAAACGACCCAAAGCGCUGAGCAGACAGCGGAUCAACUGCUGAACACCGUGCCGUUGUUACGUACACCUCUUCCAGAAAAUGCAUCUGCACGGUCAAAACGAGUCGCUCGGAAAGAACAGUGUGCUUUGGUUGCGGAGCUGUUGGAUUACCAUGAUACGACAAAGAGAAGUCCGGCACUCGUUGGAAUUGCUGCAGCGAUGGAAAAACGUGUUUCAGAAUUGCUCCAAAACCAAUUGGGAAACGACGAAUCUGCAAUCAGUGCACAGAAAGCUAACAACUCAAAUGAGCGCGCAGAUGAAAUCUUCGUUCCUGUGUUGCACAGUACACUACUGAGCAGUGAUGAUAAUACCAGCAAAGUGGAACAUUUAGUUUGCAUCGAUGGCAUUUCUGCGACAGAGGCAGAUAACGGAAAUAUAAAUAUUGCAUCAGGUUCCCUCUUUAAACAAUCUUACGAAGGCAUCGAACGCAAUCAGUCGCACAAAUGCCGAGCGGAGGAAAUUACCAAAGUGGCGUACGAUCGCAGAGUUGCGUUCAGUGGUAAGCGAACAUCAACGAGUAAUCCGACGGCUGAGAUCACAGGCGUGAAGAAGAAGGUAGUUUGGACUUCAGAGGAGAUCGCUAUGGCAUUCUCUUUGAGAUAUCACAGCCAACCUGGUUAUGAAAUUGUUCGCAAAGAUUUCAAAAUUCCCUUACCGUGUCUACGAAGCCUUCGUGAAUGGGCAUCGUGUGUAAAUAUGCGCCGCGGUGUUCUAACCGAUGUUUUAACUUUGCUUGGAAUCGCCGGAAAACACAUGUCGCAACGUGAGCGAGUAGUUGUUCUAGGAUUUGAUGAAAUGUCAGUGAAUGCAACUGUUGAGCAUGAUAAAAGGAACGACGACAUACUCGGGCCGCACAAAGAGUUACAAGUUGUAUCCGCUCGUGGACUGUUCGCCAAAUGGAAGCAACCUAUUUUUGCUGAUUUUGAUCGACAGAUGUCUAAAGUAAUUCUGGAUGAUCUGAUUUCUCGAUUGUAUGCAAUUGGGUUCACAGUUGUCGCCAAUGUACAUGAUUGUGGUGGAGGUAAUAUGGCAAUUUGGAAAGAAAUCACAGAGAAAGAUGAUUACCCGAAGUUUAUCUGUGGGAAAUGUUAUUGCGAGCUAGUGGAGGCUACGCGUUUUCGAAAUCGCUGCAUCCAGUCGCAGAGUAUCUUGCACGAGAAACAAUCAUCUACGGUUUCCAGUCAGAUUAAUGAUGAGCUUGAUAUGGAAACCGAAUGGUUGGUCGAAAUAGAAGAUGAUCAGAAAGAUGUACUAGAUUUGGAAACAGAAUGGGUGAACGAAGUAAAAGAAGAGCCCAUUGAUUUUCAGCUGGAAUUUGAUCCCUUAGCUGAGGAAGCACAGCGAAACGAAUCGAAUGAUCCAAAAGUAAAAUCAAUUAAUAUCCAGCCGACAGCCCGUUUCAAUCUCGCGCGGUUGCUGGUUCCCUGUCUGCUGUGUAGCAAAAAAUUUGCCACCCGGGCCAACCUGCUCACUCAUAUGCGCUUCCAUCCGAAAAAGAAAUGCCUUAUGUGCGAUGAGGCGUUUAUAAGCUUAGCUGAACUUGCGAGACACCAAAGGGAAAAACAUCCCCCAGAAGAAGCUCAGGACGUUAAUGUCGUCAUGGCAAGCGGUUCAAAAAAUGAAAUACUAACGUACCCAUGCGAAGUCUGUGGUAAAGUGUUUACAUCGAAACUGCAGUUAUCUAAUCACAAGCCACGUCACAAAUCGUCGAUAAAAUAUCCCCUCAACCUGAUAAGGCACCGGCGUCAGCAUGAUCCGGAACGUAAAUCGCAUAAGUGCGAACAAUGCGGUAAAACUUUCAUCGAGGAAAGAAAUCUGGCGAUUCACCAGCGCUACCAUUCUGAUGAGGAUAUGCCGACUUGUAAAAUUUGUGGUAAACGAUUCCUACAUAUUACUCGUCUACGGAAACAUAUGCCAAUACAUAACGAACCCGACAACACUCCCGGAAAAUGUACUCUUUGCGACAAAGAAUUCCUUCGACAGUCUGAGCUCAAGCGGCACAUGCGAUGGCACAGUGGAGAAUUGCCGCACGAAUGCACUACAUGUGGUAAACUGUACCGAGAACGCCGGGACUUACUAAUGCACGAACGAAAGCAUACCGGAGAUAUGCCAUUCAAGUGCGACAUCUGUGAUAAAACGUAUGCCUCUCCCGACGUCUUCAGGCAACACAAAGCGUUCCACAAUCGGCCAGUAAAAACGCACCAAUGCACAAUAUGCGACAUUACGUUUAGUGCCGCCAACUAUCUGAAAUUUCACAUGAAGAAGCAUAUUAACGAAGAACAAAAAAAGAUUCGUAACGCGGAAGGGACAACGGAUCAGCUGCUGAUACAGAUGAAGAACCAGCAGCCACCGCUUCCACUUCUCGAACGAAGAUUCGCUGAUCGGGUCAUCCCACUGAACGCCAGAUUGCCAACUUGCCGCCAAGAAGUUUGGCGAUCUGGCGUUCAGUGGGAUGACCCGAUCAGCGAAUUUUCGUUCGAGAAGUGGAAGCGGUGGCUGCAGGUUCUUCCGCGAGUGGAACAGGUCACGGUACCGCGAUGCCACCGUAUUCGGACUAGUUCCAGUGCAAAUUAUGAAGUACAGCUGCACACAUUUGUCGAUGCCACCGAUCUCCCGCCAGCACGGCUCGCGGCAUUCUCACGUCCAUUCACGUCGGUUGGGAUAGACUACUUCGAGCCAAUGGAGGUCGUCAUAGGUAGUAGAGUGGAAAAACGAUGGGGAAUGCUCGCCACCUGUUUAACCAUUCGUGCGAUACACAUUGAGCUGGUACACUCACUUAGCACGGACUCAUGCAUCAUGGCUCUGCGCAACUUUAUCGCCCAUCGCGGUUCGCCCAGGAUGAUAUACAGCGACCGUGGGACAAACUUUGUCGGCGCAAGUCGAAAACUACGGAAUGCCGAGUCCGCUAUCGACCAACAGGCGAUAAUGGCAGAGUUCGUCAGCUCCGAAACUAAAUGGUUGUUCAACCCUCCAGCUUCGCCGCACAUGGGCGGCAGUUGGGAACGCCUGAUCCGCACUGUUAAAAAGAAUCUGGCUGCCAUCAGCCUGACGAAGAAACCGACCGAUGAAGUACUCCGGAGCCUUCUGACUGAGAUUGAGAACGUAGUGAACUCUCGGCCAUUGACCCACGUUCCGAUCGAUGAUGAAUCUCCUGCUCUCCCCACGAUGAUCACCCGAAGGAUGAAGUGGUUCAUCCAUACGAAACCCGUAUGUGUAGGAGACGUCGUUGUCAUCGUCGAUCCGAUAUUUCCGAGAAACUGUUGGCCGAAGGGAAAGAUCAUUGAGACCUGCAAUUCCAGAGACGGUCAGCCACUGUACGGACGGCGAAUGGCGUUAUUUAAUAUAAAAGCGAUCCUUGUGAUAUUAAAAAUUUACCAAGUUGUUUUGCAUUCUAAUAAUCAGAAAAUUCUGUUAUGCUGCAUGGUUGAAAUGGGCUCUUCCGAGACGCUAAUGCUAGAUCAUUGUCGCUGCUGUUUGAUAAAAAAUAACAGCAAUGUUUACUGUGUGUUCGGAGUUCUGGCCGAGUUCGAGAGCAAAAUUUGUGAACUGAUAGCAAACUGCACAGGAGUCACGAUUACAGAGGAUGACCCGUUUCCAAAAAAUAUUUGUGCAAACUGCUUCACUGAGUUGGUCAAGUCAACGCGGUACCGAAUUCGUUGCACCCGAACACAGGACAUUUUGCGCAAUAAGCAAAUAGGCUCCUCGACCAACAUCCUUUCGGCAGAUAAAAUACCAAAAACACUCCCAGGCCCGGUUGAAGAAAUUAUUUUCGAACAGGUUUUGGAGACGCUGGGUGAACCAACUAAGGUUGAGUUGCGAACUUUCCCCUUACCAGUUGAAACAUCAUCAGGCAAUAGGAAAAAAGUAAAAAGGAAGUCGAAAUCCGCUGCUGCUAUUGAUCCGAAGCAGAUGCCAUUCGCCUGCCAAGAGUGCGGCAGAGGGUUUUCGUCGCGGGCCGCCGUCUCUUCACACAUGCGAGUGCACCCGAAAGUAACCUGCGAUAUAUGCUGGGCAGAGUUCCAAGGUGAUGCUCAACUUGCCACCCACCGAGCGCUACACCCGCAAGCCCAAGAAGUGAAAAGCUCAAACGAAGUAACCGAUGGUGACGGAGGUCCACCACCCGAGCGGAAGCAUCUAUGUAAAAUAUGCGGGGAAGGUUUCACGUCAUUUGAACUACUAACUGACCACAAACGCAUCCAUACGAAAGAAGCGCUGAAGAAAUGUGAGUUUUGUGGUAAAAAGUUUAUCACAUUACAUCGAUUCCUACUGCACAUGAGUACUCACGCUGACGGCAAAGUCGAGCAAUGUAAGGGAUGUGGCAAAACUUUCCACUCCAAAGGAAAGCUUUCUCGUCACCAGUGCAGACGACCUAGUAAACUGCCUAAUCAGUGUUUGACCUGCAUGGAAGUAUUCCCAGACGAAAUUGGAUUGAGACGACACCGAAGUAUACACGUCGUAGAACGAGCCUUUAAAUGUGAGUACUGCGGUAAGGCGUUCAUCAAAAAUAGCACUCUCAAGUUCCACAUGCGCUAUCACACCGGGGAAAAGGUGUACCCAUGCGAAAUUUGUGGCAAACGAUUCCUGCAUAUGCAUCGGCUUCAAAUGCACAUUCAAGCGCAUAACGAUCCUAAUAACACAGUCUUCAAGUGUAGUAUUUGUGGCAGAGAAUUCUCGAGACAAACGGAACUCAAUCGACACACACGAUGGCACAAUGGUGAAUUGCCCCACGAGUGCACUGCAUGUGGUAAAUUUUUCCGAGAACAUCGUCAGUUGUUAAAGCACGAACGCACUCACACCGGAGAAAAACCGUACCAGUGCGACAUCUGCAAUAAAGCGUUCCACCGUUCAAACAUCCUCAUCCAGCACAGAGCCCGUCACGCCAAACCAGUUCAAACGUACGAGUGUGGAAUCUGUGGCAAUGUGUUCGCUAGGGCUAACUAUCUGGCCUUUCACAUGGUAAAACAUAAAGGAAAGCCUGAAGGUACCACCAACGACGUUGGUGAUACCGGCGGUAACCAACCAGUCGAUAAGAACCAACCUACUGGUGGAAAGGAUGUUCAUUAGUUUUAGGUUUGGAUUUGAGAAAUAACACAGUAAUAAAUUUUAAUACACAUA